UUUGACACCCCUGCUCUAACUUGUUCGUUAGCUAACAUUAGCUUAAUUCGUUGCUGUUUUGUUAGGUAGGCUAGCUACGUGUUAGGUUAAUAUUUAGGUUAAUAUUUCAUAUUAUUUGGACAACGCAUUUGUGUUUCUUUAGUAGGCUACCUAGCGGUAACAUCUAAAACAAAAAGACAUUUGAGUACUUCCCCAGGCUCAUUGGCUUGUGGUGUGGAGCCACUCCCCCACUCACACCUCCCUUCCCUGCUGAAGUGAUGCAGCAGUCUGCGGUCAGUGGGUGAAGGAGGGAAGGCUGAUAGCCUGGUGGCUGGUGGACUUAACUAACGUUAGCUACGUUAGGCGAGGCGUCUCUCAAGAGGACUACUGCGAAGAAGCUCGGUUAGGAGUUCAAGCGUAGAAAAACGGUACAGACAUCGUCUGGCUGGGGAAAUAUUGGUGUACAUGAGGACCGAUAACUAAGCACGGCUUUGGUACACAACAAACUCAACAUGCACCGAUCAACGGGGCAAGCGGGAGGGGACAGUUUAAUUGAGAUGAGCCCAACAGACUCUUUCAAUGAUGGUAUGAAUGGCUACCACCAACAUGCCUCGUCCAGCACAGGAUCCCUCCAGCAGGGACAAUCACAGUCCGCUUUAAAGCCUGAUGUGUGUGUAGAGACCUGUGAGUCUCUCAACACCAGCCUGGCCUCGCUGGCCCCCUCUGACCACAGCGACAGUCCACAGUUUGAGGCUGAGACCUUAGAGCGAAUCAAUGCUUUGACUGGGCUGUCGAGAAAGCAGGCACUAUUCCUGAAGUUUCGUUCCAGGAUCGACAAACAAAAACACAGUAAAGACUCUGUGUUCUUCCGUGACGGAGUGCGCAGGAUUGAUUUUGUCCUGUCCUAUGUUGACGAUAAAGAUGGUGAGAGAAAACAGGAGAGGAGGAGGUUGUUUGAGGCCAAUCUAGUGAAUGUCGGCCUGGAGCUGGAGAUCGAAGAUAAAUCGGAGUCAGACAAUGGAAAGACUUAUUUUGUAAAGAUCCACGCUCCAUGGGAAGUGUUGGCCACCUACGCAGACGUGCUGAAGAUCAAGGUGCCAUUCAAGGCCAACGACAUCCCAAACAACAGCGAGAUGCCCAUGAACUGGCUGUCCACCCCCUUUCGUCUGCCGGAGAAGAUCAUGCACCCCGAGCCAGACUUUUUCACAGCUCCCUUUGACAAGAGCAAGUCUGACUUCUUCCUUAUUGAUGACAAAGACACGUUCUUCCCCCCAUCUAAUCGCAACAGGAUAGUCUACUACAUCCUGUCCCGCUGUUCAUACCUCAGGGAUGAAUGUGGAGAGAGAGACAAGAAGGGGAUCAAGAGAUUACUCAACAAUGGCACCUACACUGCUGCCUUCCCCCUGCAUGAUUGUAGAUACUGGACAAGAUCUAAGGAUGCUAACUGUGAAAGUGACAGAUACAGUCUCUACAAACACUGGGCCGGAUUCUUCUGUUUCUUCAAGGAGCAGCCACUCAAUCUUAUAAGGAAGUAUUAUGGGGAGAAGAUAGGUAUUUAUUUUGCUUGGCUGGGCUUCUACACUGAGAUGCUGUUGUUUGCUGCAAUAGUUGGGACAAUUUGUUUCAUCUUCGGAUUCCUCACCUACGAUGACAACCAGUGGAGUAAAGAAAUAUGUAGUGAGGAAGUUGGAGGGAAUAUUGUCAUGUGCCCGCUGUGUGACAAGAAAUGUGGCUACUGGAAACUCAACACAACAUGCAACUCCUCAUGGCAAUCACACCUGUUUGACAAUGUGGCAACAGUGUUUUUUGCCAUAUUUAUGGGGAUUUGGGUGACGCUGUUUCUGGAGUUCUGGAAGAGGCGGCAGGCUCGUCUUGAGUACGAGUGGGAUCUGGUCGACUUUGAGGAGGAACAACAGAAGCUGCAGCUUCGGCCAGAGUAUGAGGCCAUGUGCACCAACCGCAAGCUGAACCGCAUUACUCAGGAAAUGGAGUGGGUUCUUAACAGGACUUCUACAGAUAUAAUGGGGAAGUUGUUGCUGUGCUGGGCCACCGUGGUGCUCUGGAUCUCAUUGAUCAUUGCCUGCAUCAUUGGGGUGAUAGCGUACCGCCUGGCGGUGUACGCAGCCUUUGCCAGCAUCAUGAAGGACAGUGCCACCAGCGACCUGCAGGUGGUUGGCCCCUAUAUCACUCCACAGCUGGCCACCUCUGUCACAGCCUCCUGCAUCAACUUUAUCAUCAUCAUGAUCCUCAACUUCAUGUAUGAGAGAGUGGCUAUUUGGAUCACUGACAUGGAAAUUCCCAAGACCCACCUGGAGUAUGAGAACAGACUGACUGUGAAGAUGUUCCUCUUCCAGUUUGUCAACUACUACUCCUCCUGCUUCUACGUGGCUUUCUUUAAGGGCAAGUUUGUCGGCUAUCCUGGAAAUUAUGCAUAUAUGUUUGGCAGCAACCUGAGGAAUGAAGAGUGUGACCCUGGUGGCUGUUUGAUUGAGUUGACCACCCAACUGGUAAUAGUGAUGACUGGUAAACAAGUGUGGGGCAACAUCCAGGAGGCUCUGGUCCCGUGGCUGAUGAACUGGUGGGGCAGCAGGAAGGCACGAAGCCACCCAGAGAGUCUGUACAGCCGCUGGGAGCAAGACCACGACCUGCAGGAGUUUGGACAGCUGGGCCUCUUCGACGAGUACCUGGAAAUGGUGAUCCAGUUUGGUUUCAUCACACUGUUCGUCGCCUCCUUUCCCCUGGCACCCCUGCUGGCACUUAUCAACAACAUCAUUGAGGUUAGAGUGGAUGCCUGGAAGCUAACCACUCAGUUCAGACGUCCUGUGGCGGCAAAGGCCCACAGCAUCGGAGCCUGGCAGGAAAUCCUCAAUGGGAUGGCCGUACUCUCUGUGGUCACAAAUGCGUUCAUUGUGGCCUUCACCUCUGAUAUGAUACCUCGGCUCGUGUACAUGUACGCCCAUCCAGAUGGUGCGAUGACUAUGAAAGGCUACAUAAACGACAGCCUGUCUGUGUUUAAUAUCUCUGCGAUUCCACUGGCCAACAAGCCUGAUGAUGGGGAGAACCCUCCCUGGUUCAACAGCUCCAUCAUCACUAACUGCAGGUAUCGUGAUUACCGCUACCCUCCUGGCCACGAGAGACAGUACCACCACACAAUGCAGUUCUGGCACAUUCUGGCAGCCAAGCUGGCUUUCAUCAUUAUCAUGGAGCAUGUUGUGUUUCUGGUCAAGUUCUUUGUGGCCUGGAUGAUUCCUGAUGUUCCCUCUGAAGUGAAGGCUCGAAUAAAGAGAGAGCGCUACCUUGUCCAAGAGUAUCUCCAUAACUAUGAAGUGGAGAAGCUGAAGAUCCAACUCAUUCAAAAUGGCCAUAAUGAUUGUACCUGCCCGCCUAUGAUCUAUCCGUCUCUACCCAAACAUGAGAUGCUGUCAGAGUGUCUCUAGCCCAGCUAGCUGCUGGUCAAUCAGCUGGACAUGAUGGGAGGACAUGGUAAUGAUGUAGAUUGCCCUGCUUGUGUUUUAUGAUACUGACCAUCACUUUGCUGUAGUGCCUGUGUUGUUUGUCAACACACACACACACACACACACACACACACACACACACACACACACACACACACACACACACACACACACACACACACACACACACAGAGUUUACUCCAUUCACAGCCAUCCCUCCUCUUCUGAUCGUGAAAGUGCACACAGGUGAAAGACAAAGUCUCCAUGCAUGCAGAAACGUGUAUUUAAACCUCUUUCUCAUAUUUAUGGCUUUUCACUCUAUGUUGUAAUCAAAUUGCUGAUGAUAAUCAACAUUUGCUGUAAGAAAAGAAAGAGAAAACUGUAUACACUGUGUCUAAGCCUGACAACUUGCUCUUAUUUUAAUAAGACUAUUUAUUGAAGUGCCACUAUAAGUAACCAAAAACUGAAUGCCUUAAUAUAUCACACACUUAUCAUUGGUUCUAUCUGCCAUUAGAAUAACAAUUGAUAUUUAGAAACUGAGCGCUUGCUUAUUAUAGAUUUUGAGUAUUUCCCUUGUUCAUAUGUGUAGCUGUAUGAAGGGUUCCAGUUUCAUAUACUUUUAAGUUUAUGUUCAACUUGAUUCAACUUUUGAUUUUUUUUUUUUCAGUUACUGCAACAAAUGUGAGCAUUGUUUAUUUGCAUUGAGGUUACACCACAGAUGUAACACAAUUUUACAAAAUGAUUUUCAUGUUCAUAGGCUGUUCACAUUUUUGCUAUAAUGUCAUAACGGCCCAGCAAUUUCUCCAGGCCAAAAUCUGACAUAUAAAUUAGCUUUUUAUGAAGACAAAUCUGUGCAGCUGUUGGUACUGUGAGUAAGGGCAGAUUUUGUCCUGCAAUGGCCAGUUUUGGGCAGCAGCAGCUGGUGCAUGUUGACUGUUGACAGUGAGUCCUGUUCCUGGAGAUGACGAGCUUUAAGCCCUGAGAGAGUGAAGAGAUUCCUUUUUAAUGUGCCUCUGUUUACCAACACGUCUGAGCUAAUAAAAACCUGCCCCUACCUACUGAACUAUGUUUGCUCCACUACACAAAGCACAUCAGCCAUCGCCCAGUUCUUGUGCUUUUGUUUUCCUCAGCUGUGUCUGUGUAGAGAAGGAAAGAUACACAUUCGUUUUUUUUAUUUUGCACAAAGCACUUAAUGAAACAUGUCUACCAAGACAUAAACGUGUCAGUGUAAAUGUUGUCAUGCCACUACGUAUUCAUAAUUAGUCUUUUGAAUCUCUUCAUUUAAAUGGAAUAACAGUUGUACUGUAGGUAAGAGGGAGUCUGAAUUUAAUAUUUAUAUCAUGCUUAAAUGACAAGGAUAAAGUUGUAACUUUUGUUUUAAAAUUAUAUGAAGGACAUUUCAUGUUUAUUUGGCUGCCUACAUAGAAAUACAGUAUGUGAGAAGUAUCUGUUGUGAGAUAUUUGAAUUUUAGGUAAAAUAGCUGGCUGGCUGUGCAACAAACUCAGGCAACUAAAUCUAUGUUUGUUCGAGAUGCAUGUAGAUGUGACUGAUCACGUAGCCGAGAGCAAUGUUGGACUGAUCCAGUUUGCCUUUUUCAUGCUGUGCUCUCAGCUAAACUCAUACCUGUUGAUGCCUUAAUACAUCUAAUACCUUGUGUUUUUUUAUUUAAUUUCCUUGUAUAUCUCUUUUCUUAUGUCUUCUUUUUGUUAUCCUCUAGUAAUAUUUUAUUGUAUAACAUUGCCAUGCUUGGAAAAAAAAAAGUGAAUCUGUUUAUUGUAUGCUUAAAGUUACAGUACAAUUUAAUGUUUUCAUUAAUUUGUUUCUCUAAUUUUUGUUAUUGUCCUGUAUCCAAAUGUGUAUUGUAAACAAAGACAAAUCUCAAAAAUAAAGUACCAGUUCAACUUGA